AUGGCUCAUUCAAGAACAACAGGAACUCCUUAUCCUUAUAAAAAUCACAAAAAGACCUUCUUAAAACAACAAAUCAAACUGAACGUGAUAAUAAAACAUCGAAACUACAAAUUGACGAAUGAAACAAAGAAAUCUGAUCGACGAAAAGAUAGAAACGAUCUCAAGACUAAAAUGAACUUGAACAAUAAUAUAUCAACGAAAUCAAAACCAAAGAAACUCAAAUCCGCGAACUUGGAUGACAACAUGACGAUAAACUGA